CAUCCACGCCUUCCUUCGAACUGGACUGUUCUUCUACCGUCUGGCCAUAGCUGCUGGAUAUCCUUGACGUGGUUGCCAUUUAUCCCUUUCGUUUCCUCGUCUGUGGUCUAGUUGAAGCAUCGAGUGUCAUCAUGGGUGAAGCUGCGUUACCACCGCCGAAGUAUGCGGAGCCCACGACUAAGAAUGUCGAGGAAGGGUUGAAACGGGCGGAUGGGAUCACUGGAUUGUACGAAGGAAAUGUCUUUGAGGCAUCACCCGAGGACCGCCGCCAGAUCGGGGUGGUCAGUGCCUCGUUCCUGAUCUUCAACCGCGUCAUUGGCACCGGCAUCUUCUCGACCCCCUCGACCAUCUUGUCGCUGACGGGCAGCGUGGGCCUGUCGUUGUUCAUGUGGGUGGUUGGCACGCUGAUCGCCAUGGCGGGCACCGCGGUGUAUCUGGAAUGGGGCACCGCAAUCCCCAAGAACGGCGGCGAGAAGAACUACCUCGAGUACGUGUACCGGAAGCCCAAGUUCCUGGCCACCGCCAUGUUUGCCGCGUACGCCUUCCUGCUCGGCUGGACCGCCGGCAACAGCGUCAUCUUCGGCGAGUAUAUCCUCAACGCGGCGGGUGUCGAGGUCAACCGCUGGAACCAGCGUGGCAUUGGCCUCGCCUGCGUCACCGUCGCUCUCCUCAUCCACUCGUGCGCUUUGAAAUGGGGCCUGCGCCUGCAGAACCUGCUCGGCGCCAUCAAGCUGAUCAUCAUCCUCAUCAUCGUCGUCACCGGCUGGGCGGCCCUGGCCGGCCACCUCAAGGUCGACCCUCCGGACAACUUUACCGAUGCCUUUGCCGGCACCAAGGGGUCCGGAUAUGGUAUUGUCACAGCCUUGUACAAUGUCAUCUGGUCUUUUAUUGGCUACUCCAAUGCCAACUAUGCAUUGAGCGAAACCAGAAACCCCGUCCGCACUUUGAAGAUCGCUGCUCCCAUCGCCAUCAUCUCCGUGGGUAUCCUUUACAUGCUCGUCAACAUUGCCUAUUUUGCGGCCGUGCCCAAGGAGGACAUCAUCUCCUCGGGCCAGAUUGUGGCUGCCUCGUUCUUCCGCAACGUGUUUGGCACGCGUGCGGAGAAGGUCAUGUCCGUGUUUGUGGCGCUGUCGGCGUUUGGGAAUGUUCUGUCUGUCCUCUUCUCGCAGGGCCGCAUCGUUCAGGAAUUGGGCCGUGAGGGAGUCCUACCCUUUUCUAAGAUCUGGGCCAGCAACUGGCCAUUCAACUCCCCGGCGGCGGGUCUCGCCGAACAUUGGCUUGUCUCGAUCAUUGUCAUGCUGGCGCCUCCUCCGGGUGAUGCCUAUAAUUUCCUGCUCAACCUCAUCUCCUAUCCUCUCUCCAUCGUGAACGUCUUCGUCUCCGGUGGCCUUGUUUACAUCUACCUUACUCGCGAGAAGAAUUUCCCCCUGUGGGCGCCCGGCAUCCGGGCGACGCUGCCCGUGACCGUCUUCUUCCUCCUCUCCAACGUGUACUUGGUCAUUGCGCCGUACGUGCCGCCGGACGCGGGCGAGAACGUGUACAACGAUCUGCCGUACUACCUCCACUGCGUCGUGGCGCUGGCGGUGUUUGCCGUCGGGGGAAUUUACUACAUUGUAUGGACGAUCGUUCUGCCUCGCCUCGGCGGAUAUGUGCUGGUCAAGGAAACAGUGGUGGACGCGGAUGGCUGGUCACGGAGUGUCUUCACCCGAAUGCCUGUCAACCAGGUGGUCACAAGCCAGGAAGAGGAGGAGUAAAGAAGAGGGGGGGGGGUUUAUCCAGUGUCAUUCAUUUCAACAAUAACGAAGAUACGACGAAACGAUAGCGACGAAGAACAUUCAACAAGCGUCUUAUCAAUAUAAUUUAUAGU